CAACCAAAUGAAUUCAGUCGGCCUGGUCCAAGAGUUGGCCGCCAGUCUGCGCACUCAUGGCUUUGAUCUCAUCCAAGCCUUCCAAGUGCAGAGGUACAACACUGCCGUGCAAGAAAAGCAUGCCAGCCAGAAUCCAACGGCUCCACUGCCGUCAGACAGACUGAUGGAAACCUUUGGACGCACAGCGACAUUGGGCGUCCUGGUCGGGAACACCAAGGCCAUGUGGAAUCCGUUCCUGAGUUACUUGGUUGAGCGCGAUUUCCACAACGCGCCGUUCGCGAAUCCAGUCCAACAGUACACCAAGCAGGUCAUCGAUGAAGCUCUGUCCAGCCUUGGGCCCAACAGACCAUCGUCCCGUGUCCGAUACGAUUUCUCUGGACAUCCCAACUUUGUCGACCUUCAAUUGCUGGGCUCGGUAUCGGGAGCCACGUAUUACCAUCCAACAACAGUACUAAGCAUUCAUCAGCAGUUUGGUCCGUGGGUGGCGUUCCGAGCGGCCAUUUCUCUGGACGUGCCCUUCGAGGCGACCGAGCAGCAGCAGCAGCCAGUCCCCAAUCCAGUGCCCGAGCUAGAGGGAGCUGCAGCUGAAGCGAUGGCGAUUGCGAUGCAGCAUUUGAGCUCGCCACAGCGGUGGAUUGAUGUUCGAAACGCAAUCACUGCCCCGCACGCUCAAGAGCAUCGCUACACUGACAGCCAGCUCCAAUAUCACUAUACAAAAGACUUGGUCGCCUUGCAGGAAGAAGUGCGACGAUUGGCUUCAGAGCAGCGGCAGCAAGCGCAACCAGCAGUCUGAAAGGUGCAAGGAAAUGUUGUGCUUUCACUCUGAAUACCAAACGCCAAGUGCAUUGAAUGUAUGAAAUGGAUUCGUUUGGUCGAG